AUGGAACUGAGAUCUGAAAUGCCCAAUGUACCCCCGGCGCCAACUUCGGUGCCCCCCAGUUCGGUGGCAGCGGCAGCAGCGGCAGCGGCGGCCAGCUUGCCGGUGAGCGUAGCUGGGAGCCUUCUGCGAGCCCCGCCGUUGCUCCUGCGAGCUGCCGAGAAGUAUCCGCGCACCCCCAAGUGCGCUCGCUGCCGCAACCACGGCGUGGUGUCGGCGCUCAAGGGCCACAAGCGCUACUGCCGCUGGAAGGACUGCCUGUGCGCCAAGUGCACGCUGAUCGCCGAGCGGCAACGCGUCAUGGCCGCCCAGGUGGCGCUGCGGCGGCAGCAGGCUCAGGAGGAGAACGAGGCCCGCGAGCUGCAGCUGCUCUAUGGCACGGCCGAGGGGCUGGCCCUGGCCGCGGCCAACGGCAUCAUCCCGCCGCGGCCCGCCUAUGAAGUCUUCGGCUCGGUGUGCAGCGCGGAUGGAGGCUCGGGGGGCGACGGUCUCCCGGCAGGUGCCUUGGGUGGCGGAGGCGGGACACAAGUCAAGCUGCAGAAAUUUGACUUGUUCCCCAAGACGCUUCUGACCAGCCGCUCCGUGACCCCUCAGCAGAGCAAGCCGUUGUCGCCGGAUGGGACGGACGGCGCUCCAGGCACCUCAUCCCCGGAGCCGACUCGUCACGGCUGCGGCUCGGGCUCGGAGAACGGCGACGGCGAGUCCUCCCUCAGCUCGCCAGUCUCCAAAGGCGCCAAGGAUGGCAGCGGGGGCGGCGGGGCCGAGGAGGAGAGCCCAGGCUCCAUCAGCCCACUGGGCUCCGAUUCCGGGUGCUCUGAGGCAGAACGGGAUGAAGCGGGUGCUCCCUCGCCUGGUUUGGCCGCUGCUGCCGCGGCCGCUGUGGCGGGGAGCAGCCGGCAGCAGCGGACGCCGUUGGACAUCUUGACGCGCGUGUUUCCCGCGCAUAAACGCAGCGUGCUAGAGCUGGUUCUGGCUGGCUGCGGCGGGGACGUGGUGCAGGCCAUCGAGCAGAUCCUUAACAACCACCAUCACCACCGGGGAGCAGGCGGCAGCCCAGGCCAAGGACUUUCCGCCGCCUCUGGACUCAGCUCGGCAGGGCCCGACAAGGCGGGCGACGAAGCUUGGGCGCGGGUUGCUGGAGACGCGCCGGGGACCUUGGGUGGCCUGCAGCCUUCGUCGGCUGGAGGCACCUCGCAUCACCGCCCUCUUUUGGCUGGCGCCAUGACCCCAGCCAUCGGCACUCUGGGCAGCCGCUCCGCCUUCUCGCCUCUGCAGCCCAACGCUACUCAUUUCGGCGCGGCAGCGGCUGAGGCCGGUGCCUAUCCUCUAGGCACCCACUUGGGCUUGAGCCCGCUGCGCCUGGCCUACUCGGCGGCAGCGGCGCACAGUCGCGGCCUGGCCUUCAUGACCCCUUACUCCACGGCGGGGCUAAUGCCCACGCUGGGCUUCCGGCCGCCUAUGGAGUACGCCUUCAGCGACCUCAUGCGGGACAGAUCAGCUGCAGCGGCGGCAGCUGCCGCCGCCGCCGCCGCCGCCGCCGCCGCCAGCGUGCACAAGGAGCAGGCGUACCCAAACGGGCUGUACGGGCCGUUGGUGAACAGCGCCCCAGACAAGCAGUAG